UCAGUGGUCAGGCAUAGCCACAUACUGAUAGUUUGCUUACAGGCAAAGGUGGAUUCUGUAGCUGGAGGGCACCCCAGUUGUGCAAAUCAUCGUAGCCCCAUACCUUGACUGCUUUCACUUGUCUUCUUCUCUUCACUCAACAACUACUAGUAUUAUGAGUAUUCAAAGUCCGAACGAGGACAAGAUGGAGACGAAGCGCCUGUUGAAUGGUACCCAUGAGGAUAACCUAUGUGGCUGUGGCAGCAGUGCUGUCUGCCACCCGGCCCGUGCUCCUCACCGCUAUAUUAUGUUGUUGUUCAUGUGCUUCUUAUCAUUCGGCAGUUACUUCUGUUAUGACAAUCCUGCCGCUCUGCAGAGCACAAUACAGCAGGUGAUGAAAGUGGAUACAGAACAGUUUGAGCUUCUCUAUUCGCUGUACUCGUGGCCUAAUGUGGUGCUGAGUGCCUUUGGAGGCUUUCUCAUAGACCGAGUUUUUGGUAUUCGGUGGGGAACCAUUAUAUUUACUGCCAUUAUUCUGAUUGGUCAGAUCAUCUUUGCUAUGGGUGCGCAGGUCAAUUCCUUCCUUAUCAUGCAAAUCGGUCGGUUUGUCUUUGGGCUGGGAGGGGAGAAUCUGGCAGUGGCACAAAAUACCUAUGCAGUCAGCUGGUUCAAGGGUCGCGAGCUCAACAUGGCAUUUGGCCUUCAGCUUAGCUUUUCCAGGAUGGGUAGUACAGUAAACAUGUUGAGUAUAGAGAAGACCUACAAUGCUGUUCACUUUGACAAAGAUUACCAACGGCUGGCAUUUACCUUCUUCACUGGAGUGAUGUAUUGCGUCUUCUCCAUGGUGUGUGCCUUCGUUCUUCUUUACUUUGACAAGCGCCGCUCACGCUGGCUCAAUCUGGAAGCUGCUGAAACCGGUGAGGUUGUACACUUGCGUGACAUCAAAGACUUUCCUCUUUCACUCUGGCUCAUCUUCAUCAUCUGUGUGACAUACUAUGUUGCCAUAUUUCCAUUCAUCAGCUUGGGAACUGUGUUCUUUGAAGACAAGUUCAACCUCCCGUCAGAUUCAGCUCAUUUUGUCAACAGCCUGGUGUACUUGAUCUCACUUGGAGCUUCGUUUUUGUUUGGUAUUCUUGUGGACAAGACUGGUCUCAAUCUCCUAUGGGUGUUCAUAGCCAUCCUUGGUACCCUGGUUGCUCACGGCAUGCUUGCAUUCACCUGGAUCAGCCCAUACGUAUCCAUGAUUCUCUUGGGUACUAUGUAUUCUUUACUGGCAUGUGCUCUGUGGCCAAUGGUUGCUCUUGUUGUACCUGAACAUCAGCUUGGAACUGCAUAUGGAUUGAUGCAAGCUAUUCAGAAUCUUGGCCUGGCCAUUAUCUCCAUGGUAGCUGGUCUUAUCGUUGACAACAAAGGUUACCUGGUGUUGGAAGUGUUCUUCUGCGCUAACCUGUGUGUUGCUUUAUUUUGCAUUGUCGUCCUUUACAUUGUGGACAGCGCCGGAGGUGGUCAACUGAAUCAAUCUGCUGAGGAGCGAAAUGCUUUCAUCAGUGCUGCUGAGGAACUGAAGACCAGGACUAGCAUUGGUGAGAGGGAAGAUCUGAUCCGCAUUACGCCACUGACAGCUUCUCAGCUACGUGGCCGCUAUCUUACAUGUGUCGGUGUACCACCAACUCCUGAUCACGACGGCAUGGGACGUCUUCUACCACUGUCUUGCCCACAUCCGCUGAAGUAACUUGUUCAGCACUGGUCGGCAUUCAUGGCCGCAAGCUCAAUUUUAUUCCCGCAGCUAUGCGAAAGACGGCACGAACAGUAGUGUCUUCCGCUAGCCAGGGUCCACAACGCUUUAUUGCAGAUGCUCGCGUGUGUGGUGUCCAGACGGUUGGGCAUGAUCACGUGAUCGUGAGUGGCAGGCCUGGUGCACUAUCCCGUACCUGUCGCGCACCGUACCAUCAGGUACCCUGAAGUUGGUUCCGUAAAUGCGUCUGUUCCGUCGGGCUGGCAUGAAUCAUGUGGCAGGUCAUGCGAUGUUUCGUAUCUGUUGUAUUCUUUCAUUUCAAUUCGCUCAGGGCACAGGCAAUACUGCCUUCUCACCGAAGAAAGGAUUCUCCGAUUCCUACCAAAAACGAGAAAUCUGCGAUAUGAAUCUGUGUGGGUGCGUGUGCGCACGCGCAUGGUACGGCAGUUGUCACGUGACUGGGUGGUAUUAAAUUUUGUAAACUCAUUAUGUCUCACACUCCAUGAAA